AUGUCGACUACAAAAGCAUCAACUGAAAAUUACAUGGAAGACUUUGAUAGUCUAUUAUCUGCGUUAACCGCCGAAGAACUUGAUGCUUUGAAUAGUCUUGUUGAUCCUGAUGAUACAUAUUUACCAGCAGCAGAACGAUGCAAGAAUCAAACGAAUAAAACUGCAACUGGUCCGUAUGAAAGAGCACGUUUGUUAAACUUCCUUGAAGAACAAGGAAAGAGUGAAAAAGAUUGGGAACAUCAUAAAGAGUAUGUUCCGGGCGAAAAGAAAGGAAAAGUAUGGCAACCGCCAGAAACAGUCAAAUCGAAUACCGAGGACGAUGAUUUAUUGAUGACAACUGAAUGGGAUGAUGUCCUGACAAAUGCGAGUGAAACAGAAAUUGUCGAACUUGCUGCAAUUCUUGGUUUUACUGGUUUGAUAAAUCAAGUACAAUAUCACGCAGCGUUAACAACAAAUGCACCUACUUCCUCUGGUGGUUGGAAUGCUGCGGCUAAAGGUGAACAAUUGAAACUUGUUCCUCAUGAACCUGACAACACAACAGAUGUUGAAGAUUGUAUUAAAAAAGCAAACGCAAACGAUGGUGAAUUGAAACGUAUUAAUAUCAAUAAUAUUAGGGAAAUUCCUACUGAAACAAUGAAAGAAUUAUUAAACGCAUUGAAAACAAAUACAAAUGUUCAAGUCCUUGAAAUGUCUAACAUCGGAAUGCCCGAUAGUGUUGGAAAAGUUUUAGCCGAAUUAAUUGAAGCAAACUCAACGCUGAAAACGGUUAAUGGUGAAUCAAAUCGUCUUACUGGCUCCGUUGUUGCCGAAAUUGUUCGUGCAACAUUGAAACACCAGUCAUUAAUUGAAUUACGUUUAUCAAAUCAACGAUCACAAGUAUUAGGCAAUCGUGUGGAAAUGGAAAUAGCUGAUGCUGUAUCACAAAACAAUACAUUAUUACGUUUGAAUUUACAAUUUGAUACCGUUGGUCCACGUGUACGUGUCACUGAAAGAUUAAAACAAAAUUUAGAUGCUUUACGAAAGAAACGUAUUAAUGCAAAAUAA